AUGGCUGCUGCUGCGGCCGGCUCCAUCUCGCAUCCUACAAAUCUCGAAGUUGAUACAAUCGAAAGCGAUUCGGCAUAUGGAGAUGAGAUAUCGACAUUCACGGCCUCUAUAACCUCGUCAAUAACUGAUUACCAGGAAAUUUAUGGUCGUCGUUAUCACGCCUACCAACAAGGAAGAUAUACUUUGCCAAAUGAUGAGCAAGAGAGUGAGAGGUUAGAUAUUCACCAUGCCAUGAUUCUUAAAGCCAUGGGAAACCGCCUGUACUAUGCACCCAUUGAUUCCACUUUGCAAAGAGUUAUUGAUCUGGCCACUGGAACAGGAAUUUGGGCUAUCGCCUUCGCAGAUCAACACCCUUCGGCAGAGGUGAUUGGUAAUGAUUUGAGUCCAACACAGCCUACGGCUGUUCCCCCUAACCUCAAGUUCAUCGUCGAUGAUAUCGAAGCUGAGUGGGGCUACGAAAUGCAGCCUUUCGAUUUUGUUCAUGCUCGAUUUCUUGCUGGGGCUGUUGCCGAUUGGCCUCGCCUGAUGCAACAAGUCUUUAAUUGUACCAAAGCCGGUGGUUGGGUCGAAUUUCAGGAUUGGAACACCUUCAUCUACUCCCAGGAUAAAUCCAUACUCCCAGAAUCCGCAAUUGCAAGAUUCCACGCUAUGGCGGGCGGCGCAAGGGAAGCCCAGGGAUUCGACAUGAAGCCAGGAGCAUCGCUCGAACGAUGGAUGGAAAAUGCUGGCUUCUCAAACAUACAAGCCCAUAAGAUAUGCCUGCCACUGGGACCAUGGCCGAAAGAGAGGUCAAAGAAGGAAAUUGGUGUUUACAAUCUCUUGCAAAUGCAGGCUGCCGUUGAAGCCAUCUGCCUCGGUACCUUGCCUCAUGCACCACAACCAUGGACAUAUGAAGAAAUCCAAGUCUUCCUCGCAGAAAUCCGUCGGGAUUUUAGGGACAGGAAAUUUCAUGGACAGUACGACUUGUAG